UGAGUCAGUCGACAAGCUUACUACAACAUAAUACUGAAACAAGCUCUACCAGUGCCUCACCCUAGGCCAUACAUUUUAGCAAUUCAGUCCGUCUUUUGCCAUUGAGUGACCUGUCUCUGACUGACCAGUGCACCACCUGUCCACUAUGGACCCCAAGUUCAACCCGGAGACAGCCAAGUUUUAUUAUUUUCGGUAUAUGAAGGAAUACCGAGCAAUCUGUGUUCUAUGGGGCCUUCUGUCCAUCAUCUGGUGUAUUCUCAACCUUGUGGCGUUUAUUCAGCCCCAGUGGAUAGGUGAUACCCCAGAAAGCUUCGGAUACGGUCAUGUUGGUGCUUACUCCUACUGCUACCCUGACCAAACCAAUGCCAUCUACGUCUGCAGCGGCACCUUCAUCGACUUCAACACCAUCCUCAACGACUCCUUCAAGGCGACCACAUUUUUUGCAGGUGUUUCCGCUCUGCUCAUGCUGAUAACGGUUGCAGCCCUUCUACUUUUCUUUUGCUUCAAGAAAACAGCUGUCUUCAUCUUCUGCGGAAUUCUUCAACUGAUAUCAGCCGUGUUUCUGUUCCUGGCCUGCGUCAUCUUCCCAAGCGGCUGGGAUCAUGAGGAGGUCCGGCAGGUGUGUGGUCCCUCUGCUGACGAGUACCGCCUCGGGGAGUGCGGCAUCCGCUGGGGAUAUAUUCUUGCCAUCCUGGGAAUCUUUGAUGCAGCGGUCCUAGCUAUACUUGCAUUCUUCCUGGCAUCCAAGAGGGCGAAGAUUGAAAUCUAUUCCACAACGGGCACAGUCACAAAAUCUGAACUGAACGGCUACUCAGGGGACACGCUCUCCAAACACUCGGUGCCAAUCAAGCCCAUCGUCACGGUGCCCGAGAUGCAGCCUGACGUUGACCGUUACUCGGAUUUCUCAAGCAGGACUGGUCCCCGGCAAGGCAACGGCAACUUCCAGCUUUAAACAACUGCAGUUGACUGCAAAUAUUAUCUCAAUUGGCCAUGGACUGUACAAGUGACAGAUAUUCUACAUUUCAUAUCGCACUGAUAGCUAGUUAGUUUCGAUGUGAGCUGAAGUGGAAAUACAAUGGGACGAAAACAAAUACCUAACUUACCUAUCCCUAUUUUGAUAAAAAGGAUCAGUUUAUGAAAACAAAAUGCAAACAUGUACGCAGCCAUCUUGAAUGCUGGAUCUUACUGUAAAUGCAAAACCCUUUGAGCAAAUGUUGUCCCAUCCUCAAAUGACCUUCAAAGGAACUUAUGACCCAUAUUCUAGGUAUGUUUUCCAUGGUGCAGUCCUCAUUCUGUCAAAAUGAAAAUAAAUGGUGAAAAUUCGUCUCCUACUCACCACACAACUAGUUUUGGGAAAAAGGGGUAACCCAAACAAACGGCCAAAUCAGCGGGGUUGUUUUUGAAGAGUUGAUAUUUCUGUACAUAAAACACAGAUUAAUUAAGGACAGAUGUCUAUACAUUACAACCUAUUUUAUCUUGGUACUACAAAUAUGUUUAGUUAUGUUAUUUCUUAGACUUUAUGAAAUGUUAAAACAUAUCACUGCUUACAAAUAUAACCUGGCAAAAUAUUUUAACAGCUUCUUUAUUUUGGUUGAAAACAGACUACAAACAGGUUUCUGUAGAAACCAUAUGAAAAUGUGAAUCAUUUUCAUUUUCACUGAAAAUAGCCUUGAAAAUAUUAAAUGAAAAUUCUAAAAUAAAAUGAAUACAAUUGUUUGUAGUCUAUAUUCCACAAAACUAUAUAUUGAAACAACUGAACUGAUCUACAACAGCAUAAACACAACAUAUUGUACAUAUCUUUACACAAUGUAUAUAACAUUUAUAAAAAAAAGUUUCAAAAUGGUUGUGAAUGCUCAUAAAAUAUCAUAUCUGUGAUUUCAUCUUCAUUUAUUUAAGAAUUCUUUCUUUUAAGAGGUGUAAAAUGAGGUCAAGACAUUUGUACAGCUAUAUCUUUUUAUUCUCCAAGAUCAUGCAAAGUUGUUCCUUGUGACUAAGUGAAAGCAUGUAGGCAUUGACAUGAUCCUGUUGAGACAGCAAUGGGAGUUCAAGAAAACUCACUAACUUGUGUAACCAUGACGACUGUCAACUUAUUGAAGCGAGAAAGAACUAAGUACCUUUAAAUAUGUCAAAGGGCAGGGCCAUCUAAUCCAUGACAUUAUUUAUUAUAAGUUUGUAUGAAGCCCUUCAGAUAUUAAUGAGCACAUCAUUUUCCAAGUAUAAACGAUGUGAGAAAGGCCUACCCUGAUACAUUCCAUGUUUACAGCAAAAUUUCAAUAUACAUACCAAAAUGCAAAAGAGAUAACUAAUCCAUGACAUUGUGUCCAUGUUAAAAAAGAAAAUGAAAAAAGAAAAAUACAUCUAUGAACUAAAUUGAUUUUAUGAAUUUGAAUAAAAUAUUUGAAACA